AAUUUUUUUUAAUUCAUUUAUUUAUUUAUUUAUUUAUUUUUGUAUAAACUAUGUCGGCAAGGUUGACCUUAAUUGUUCUAUUAUUAUUUAGGAUGAUGUUAAUUUCAAUGAUAGAUAAAUUGCUUUAAAUAUAACAGAAGGGUAAAAUAGUUAUUUUUUAUCACUAAGCACAUUCAGUCAGAUAUACAAUCAAACAACAACAUUUCUUAUUCAGUCAGGAUUUUUUACCCAGACAGACCUUUCCCAGUCAGCACUUUCUCAAUCAGCAACUACCAAACGGGGCCUAAGACUUCCGAAACUUGUCAGUUUUGGUCUGUUAGGUUUGACAUGUUGCGGUUUUAACCAUAAACACAAUUUCCUUUAUUAAAACUAAUUUUAUGAAAAUUACAAUACAGUCCCUGGACUAUAUAUUUCAUAAUUUAUUAUUAUUAUUAUUAUUAUUAUUAUUAUUAUUAUUAUUAUUAUUAUUAUUAUUAUUAUUAUUUCACUACACGCCUCUAUGUCCCACACAUUCGUCUUUAUAGUGUUUUAAAAAUUGGUGUUUUAUGAGUUUUUUGUCUUUAUAAAUUUGCCACAUAAGUUUUUACAGUUUUACAUGGGAAAGAAGAUUAAGACUUUCGAAAGUUGUCAGUUUUGGUCCGUUAGGUUUGACAUGUUGCCGAUUUUAACCAUAAACACAAUUUCCUUUAUUAAGAUUAAUUUUAUGAAAAUUACAAUACAGUCCCUGGACUAUAUAUUUCAUAAUUUAUUAUUAUUAUUAUUGACUAUUGUCACUACACGCCUCUAUGUCCCACACAUUCAUCUUUAUAAUGUUUUAAAAAUUGUCAUUUUAUGUUUCUUGAAAGUCAUUAUAGAUAUUUAAAACUUUAGUUUAAUUAUUAUUACUAUACCUUUUUAUCAAAUCUUUUAAUUUUCUCCAAAAUAAUGACAUACAAAUUAUUGACUUAUUGUCAUGUUUUUAUUAUAUCAUAUGAUAUUCAUUAUAAAAAAUUGCUUGGCAUUAACAAUUUCAAGUUUAUCAAAAAAAUUAUUUAGUUUAAAACUAAUCAAUCAAGGUUUAAGUAGAAUCUUCACCUUUAUGUUCAAGUGAGUUUCAAUUUUAUUUAGAAUCUCAUAAUUUUGUGAAUUAUAAGAAUCAAAACUAUUUAAUAAUUCUUAUUUUAUUACAGGUUUGCAUAACAAAAAGUUUUAACGUUGUGUUCUUGUAUCCAAGACCACAAACAAAAGCUUCUUGAGGUUCAAACAAUAAUUGCUUAAGUUGUGAAAGAAAUUUAUUCGAACUCGCGCCAAUGGCGCUGUGACUUUUUACUAUUACAAAUAAAAAACACGCCAAAGGCACGACUGGGGCAUUUCCUAGUUAAGUAUGAUUGUAUAAAUAAAGUUGUAAAAUUGCAAUUGUGAACAAACAUGUAAAAACUAGGUAAAAUAAUAUGUGAAAAUCUGAAAAAGUUAAAAGGACUAAAUAAACUUACCAUAAUUCAAUAUUGUCAAGAUCAAGAUUUUACUCAAGAUUGUUUUAUGUUUUGCAACAUCAUAAUCGUAAAAUCGGAUCGGGACGGAAGAUCCUACCAAAAUGAAUAUCUAUUCAAAUUUGCUUGUAAGAUCCUAUAUGUGCAAUAUAUAUACAUUAUAACUUGAUGGCGAUUAAGACGUUGAUAUGAAAUCGAUUUUAUCUUUUUAAAGAUGAAUCAUAAUUUUUGUUGUUGCAGACCAUAAAAUUAGGAAGAAACCAUCUUAAUUACAAAAAAAAAAUUAUUAUGAUAUACAACUAAAAGCUUAAGGUCACAAACAGGAUAUCAAGAGUGUAUCCUAAUUCGAGAUGAAGUAAUGAUGAUCUAUUAGAAUAUUGCAACUUAGAAUGCUCGAUUUCAAGUUGAAUGAAAAAAAAAAAAAAUUUGAGGUUCAGUUAUAUAAUAAAACUAAAGAAGUGGGACCAAACGUGUUAAGAUCUUAAGAUCCUAAUCUGGAUCCUAAGAUCCUACUAUAAAUCUUGAUUUAGAUAGAUCUUAGUGAGAUCGAUAUUAUUUUUGGCUUAUAGAAUUUAAAAUCUUAAGAUCAAGGUUAAGAUCAUAAUUAAGAUUUUAACAAACAUGUCAUAAAUUAAGAUAUCUUAAAAUGCCAAAAAAGAAAAAAAAAAAAAAAAAAAAGAAUUGUGUAUUCUAAAAAAAAACUGUUAUGUCAAGUCACAAAAAUAAAAUGCACACAAACUAAACAAGUUAAUGAACUUUAAAACGCAAAAAAUAAUAAAGUGGCUAAUACAGUAUUUUGACCCAAUUUCAUAUUUAACCCUAAUUUAUAUGGGAACUUAAAUAAAAUAUAUAUAAUAAUCAAAGAAAUAUAUUAUGGUGUCCUACUCAGCAUUUCUUGUAGGUGCUCUUUGUUAAUUACGAUUGAUAAAGUAAGAACAAAAUCUUCCCCAAUCAUAAUUAACAUCUGAUUAGCUUAGAUUAAUAUAAUUUGAAAGAAUGUGGAUUUUCGGAAGGAAAGGAGAAUCAGGAUUUUCAUCUUCUUCAACAGCAGAGGAAGUUACCCACGGAGUUGAUGGAUCUCGUCUCACCGCCAUUGUUACUGGAGCUACGAGUGGUAUCGGGGCUGAGACUGCACGUGUCCUUGCUUUGCGUGGUGUACAUGUAGUGAUGGCAGUAAGAAACAUAGAAUCCGGUAAACAAGUUAGAGAAACUAUACUUACAGAAACACCUACUGCUAAAGUCGAUGUAAUGGAGCUCGAUCUCAGCUCUCAGGCAUCUGUAAGGGAUUUUGCAACCAAAUAUUGUUCUUCAGGCCUUCCACUACACAUUCUAAUCAACAAUGCAGGAGUUUUGGCUCCACACUUCACACUUUCUGAAGAGAAAAUCGAACUACAUUUUGCAACAAAUCAUUUAGGUCAUUUUCUUUUGACGAACCUAUUGCUGGAGACAAUGAAGAUUACUUCGUUUGAACAGAAAGUUGAAGGAAGAAUCGUCAACGUAUCAUCCACUGGUCAUCGUUUUGUGAACAAAGGAACUUUUUCUGAUCAAAUUAACGAUGAAUCGAGUUAUAGCCAUAUACAUGCCUAUGGACUAUCGAAGUUGGCUAAUAUACUUCACGCAAAUGAGUUAGCAAGGCUUUUGAAGGAGGAAGGGAUCAAUAUUACUGUGAAUUCAUUACAUCCCGGAUUCAUUGUCACUGAAAUUUUCCGUAAUUUUGGUAUUUUCAAGGUUCUAUGCAAUGCGAUUCUCAGACACUUGGUCAAGGAUGUUUCACAGGGAGCGGCAACCACAUGCUACCUGGCGUUGAAUCCAAAGGUGAAAGGUGUAACUGGUGAGUACUUUUCUGACAAUAAUUUGGUGAAACCAUCAUCGAAAGCUAUGGAUCCAAUGUUAGGCAAGGAAUUAUGGGAGUUUAGUUUGAGCUUAACUACCACCAAGUGAUUACGCUUGAGCUUUAGGUGCAAGUAUAUGGAGAUAUAUAUAACAAAUUUGUAUGACAUAAAUGAAUCACUUAUAAUAAAAUUAUAUAAUAAUUAAUUCUAUAAUUAAAAGUUUAUAAUGAUA